CAUAGAAAUCAGCCUGUGUGACCAUUUCAAACAGGAUCAAUUUAGAACAAACGGUUGUCUAUGUCUGUGUAGGUAAAGGCUCAAUUUCUCUCCUUCCCCUUUGUCUUUCUUGGCAGCUAUGUCCAUCUUUAUGCUCCUGAUAUUUGAGGUGGAGACAGGCAUUGCCAGUGCCUGCGUCCUCUCCUCAGGGAUCCUCAUCUUGCUGGUUGUUGUAAUCCACUCCCUGGUAAAAGCUUCCAAAAGUGCAAAGCACUACCCCGGUGACCACCUACACACCCUGUACCAAAACGACCAUGGCGGUAGCGGCGCGCCCCUGUCUCGACCCUGCGAGCUCAGAAUUGGCGUGGACAAACCGCGAAUGCAUCGCAGCCAGUCUCACCUGCAACACCAGCUCGCCUACUCUCAAUGCGGCAACGCAAGGCAGCGAGAGCAACACCAGCAACCCCAGCCGCAGCAGUACGCCCCUGCCGGAGGUCCACAAGACCACGUCAGCGACAAAGACGGCUACAGCAGCGGCGGCGGCGGCGGCAGCUGUCCUCGUAUGCACAGGACCCUGUCGACCGAAUCCGGCCUGCUGCAGGCCCAGGCUAAACCCUGGAACGGGGUCAACAACGAGAUGAGGAGUGUUCUCGCGCGUAAGUCGGGAAUAUCUGCAAAAGACUCGACUCUUGUCUGACACAAAGCAAACUAAACUUCUGCUUUAAGAGGCUGGUGACCUUUAACUGUCUCAAAUGAGGAGGACUGAGUCGUCUCAAACAGAUAUAGAAAUGUCACUCUGUAUUAUUAGAUGCUGAAUAAUUACAGACAACAUGGGACAGAGACUAAAAGACAUGAGGCUGAAUUCUAGUGUUGGAAAUACUAAGCUUUUUUUUUUUUUUUUAACAAAAGCACAUUCUGUAUGAUUUGUAGUGUUGUUUGAAAUCUCAUUUUAUGCACCAAUACUGUACUUUCUGGCAAAUGUAUAGUUUUUAUUGUUAUAAUGUAAAUAGUUUAUUCCACCGUACAGUAUAGGCCACAGUAUGCUCACGUGUAUUCUCGAUGUGAUGUUUAUCCUUCAUAAGUUUGGAAACAAAGAUAUUUCACAAAAUCUUAA